AUGUCCAAGAAGGAAGGCUGCAAGGCUGUUCAGCAGGAUCAAUUGGUCAUUAUCAAGCUCCUGGUUGUCCCUGUCGAUCUGAUUCUGGUGGUGUUUGAUGCGGCAUGUCAGAUCUCGAUCAGGCGGCAGAAACCGAGCUCCAGCCCCAUACUGAGAGCUACCCCACUAAAGGCGAUCUGA